AGCGUUACGCCAGCCUCCGAGAGCACGUCCAGCAGGCGGCAGCCAUGCUGGGGGAGGCCGUCUCGCGAUACAGCCAGCUGUCUGAGCGGAUGGAGCUGAUGGCGGGGUGUCUGGAGCGGGUGCAGGAGCGCGUGCGGCACCCGCCUGCUCUGCGGGGAGACCCCAUCUGGCUCCAGGAGCAGCUUUGGGAGAACAGUCUCCGGCUGGCGGAGUUGGAGAAGCUGGGUGUGGCUCUUGAGACCCUUCGCGGGCAGGGGGCUGAGCUUCUGGCCACCCUCCAGACCACCACACACCCAGCUGUCCAGGAGCGUGUGCAGGAGCUGCAGAGGCAGUGGCGGGUGCUGUGGAAGCAGGAGGAGGAGCGGGAGGCCUCUCUCCAGGAGCUCUUGGCCCUGGCUGGCCGGUUUUGGCCUGGCCUCGCCGACCUGGCCGGGGCUCUCAGUAGCACCCAGCAGAUGGUGCUGGACCUGGAAGAGACAGCGGCCUCUGAUCCGAAGGAUGUUCAGGCCAAGCUGGUGGCCAUGCAGGCCCUGCGUGAGGAAGCCGAUUCUCUACAGAGUGAGCUGGACUCCUUGGGUGCUUGGGGCAUGGAACUGCUGUCGUUGUGUGGAGACCUGGAGAAACCAACCAUCACUAAGAGCCUGGAUGAUCUCUAUUCAUCUUGGAACAGCCUGAACAAAAUGUGGGAGGAGUGCCAGAACCAUCUGGAGGACCAGCUGCAGGCUUUGGUCGCCUAUCAAGAGACGAUGGAGAGGCUCCUGGCCUGGCUGGAGGAGGCCGAGCAGCGGAUGGCAGAGGAGUUCCAGGGGGGUGGAGACCUGGCCCAAGUGGAGCGAGAGCUUUCAGAGCUGAAGGCCUUCAAGCGAGAUCUGUACCAGCGCCAAGUGGAGGCCGAGAGCCUUUGGCACCAGAGCAGCCACAGGGGGGCUGCCCAGGAGGAUACCCCCCUUGCUUUCAGUGGCUUCCGGGACCGUUGGACCCAGCUGGAGGAAGAGCUGGUGACCCGGCAGCAUCAGCUGGAAGCUACCCUCCUGGGCCUGGGCCAGUUCCAAAGCCAGCUGGAGUGGCUGCUGCAGUGGCUGCUGCGCACGGUGGAGCAGUUGCAGGGCCCUGCCCCCCGCACACCAGACCUGCAGAGCUGCGAGAUCGAGCUGGCCAAGCACCAGGUGCUCCGGAAGGACGUUGCGUCUCACACCCUCACGGUGCGGUCUGUGCAGGAGGCCGGCCAGAGCCUGCAGCUGCCCAGUGGUGGCUGCGGAGGGUCUGUGGAAGGCCUGCAGGGCAGUCUCCAGCAGCUGGGCUGCCGGUGGAGCCAGGUCCUGGCUGAGACGGAGCGCCGCCAGCUGGACCUGGAGCACAACCUGAGCCAGGUCCAGGAGGUUACUCUGGAGAUCACCAGGCUGAUGCAGUGGUUGGACCGUGCGGAGUUGCAGCUCUUCUCUUCCAAGCCCAUCUGGGGCCCCCUGGAAGCCACCAAGGACAGGCUAGCAGCACACCUGGAGCUGUGUGAAGAGAUGGAUGCCAAGCAGCAAACAUAUCAACAAGUCUGGGAGAAGGGUCAGCACCUGCUGGCCACCUGCCACCCAAACCGGGCUUCUAGUACUGAGCACAGCCUGACGGUCUUGGAGCAGAAGUGGGGCAGCAUCGCCAGCCACAUGCAGGAGACGAAGGAGCAGCUCCUCAGAAGUCUGAAUAUGGCCACGGAGCUCCGUGCCACCGUCCAGGAACUCCUGGAGUGGAUCGGGCAGACCGAGGAAGUCCUGGCAGCCCUGCCCCCUCCCAGCUACAUCCUGGACACAGUCAGCAAGCAGAGGCACCAGCAGCAGGCCUUGGCAAAGGAGACAGAGACCCGGAGCAAGAAGCUGGCAGGGAUGGAGGUGAUGGCCGCUCGCCUAAAGCAGGACAACAGGGCUCCCCCCAGCCUGGUGGGGACUGCCAAGGAGCGGCUGGCCAAGGUCCUUCAGCAAGUGAGCGAGAGGGGGGAGGCGCUGGAAGAGGCCCACCAGCAGGCCAAGCAGUUUAGAGAGUCCUGGCAGCUCCUCCUCAAGUGGCUGGAUGAGGUAGAAGCAGCCUCCACAGCCUCUGCAGAUGCCACCACUGCGAAACAAGAGGACAUUAAGGUCCUCCUGGGGCAGCACAAGGAAUUUCAGAAGCGCCUGCACAUCAAGCGCCCGGUCUUUGAGGCCACCCUGCGGCACGGGCGUCUCCUCCGCGCGAAGGCCUUGCUCCCUACCGAUGGCCAGGAGCUGGAGGAAAUGCUGAGGGAGCUGAAGGAGCGUUGGGGGGCUCUGUGGAGCUGGGCGGCUGAGAGGCAGCGGAAGCUGGAGGAGCGCCUGCUCUUCUCUGGCCACUUCAGCGAUGCCCUCCAAACCCUCCUGGACUGGCUCUACCAGGUUGAGCCCCAGCUGGCUGAGGAGACCCCUGUGGCUGGGGACAGAGACCUGGUGGGCACAUUGCUGGAGAAGCACAAGGCAUUCCAGGAGGAGCUGGGCCAGCGGGCGGCAGCUGUCAGGACGCUGAGGUGCUCCGUGCGUGAGCUGGCACGAGGCGGCAGCACGGCAGACACCCGGUGGCUGCAGAUCCAGAUGGAGGAGCUGGGUCAGCGCUGGGAACUCAUCAGCCGGCUCUCGGUCUCCAAACGGGACCAGCUGGAGGUCGCCCUGAGGCAGGCAGAGGAGUUCCAUGCCCUGCUGCAAUCCUUCCUGAGUCGUCUGUCUGAGUUGGAGAAGUUGGUCGUGGAGGAGGAGGCGGCGGCAGCGGCCAUGGCGGGGGGCCAGAGCCAGCUCAAGGAGCUGCGGCAGAGCGUGCAGGCCCAGCAGCUGGAGCUGGAGCACAUCUGCGCUCUGGGGGAGGAGAUCCUGAGUGCCUGCCACCCCGAUGCCAUGGGCACCAUCCAGUCCUGGGUUGCCCUUGCCAAGAGCCGCUUCCAGCAGCUCCGUGGCCGGGCCCAGCGGCAGGAGCAGCGCCUGCGGGCCCAUGCAGCCGCCCUGGCUGCAGGCCGGGAGGAGCUGGAGAGGCUCAGCGACUGGGUCAUGGCUGCCGAAGAGUCCCUGAGCCUGCGGGACCAGGAGCCUCUCCCCGAGGAUGCCGGGCAGCUGGAGGAGCUCUGGUGUCAGCACACGGUCUUCAUGCAGGAGUUGAGCCACAAGCAGCCAGAGGUGGAGGAGGUCACCCAGAGCUGCAGGCGAGAGCGGACUUCAGCGCUGGGGGGGACGGCUCCUCCCCUCGAGCGGCCUUCUGGACGGCGCGGUGCCAGCAGAGCCUCCCCCGGGCCACCCCUCGUGCCCCUGGAGGACCCGGAGCCCCAGAGCCCGCUCCUGGCCCAGCUGGUGCACCACUGGCAACACCUCUGGCUGGCAGCUCUGGACAGGCAGCGUCGGCUCCAGAGUUCCCAGCAGCGCCUCCAAGAGCUGGAGGAACUGGCCUGUUUUGACUUUGGUGUCUGGCGCAAGCGGUACCUGCAGUGGAUCAGCCACAGGAAGUUCCGGGUCCUGGACGUCUUUCGCAGUAUUGACAGAGACCAAGACGGGCGCGUCACCCAGCAGGAGUUCGUUGGGCGUGUCCUCGCCUCCAAAUUCCCCACCAGCCUGCCAGAGAUGAAGGCGGUGGCCAAAAUCUUUGACACGAACAGAGACGGUUUCAUUGAUUAUUAUGAAUUUAUCAGUGCUCUGCACCCUACCCGGGACAUCCUGCGCCAGGCUGCCAACGUGGACCAGAUCCAGGAGGAGGUGAAUCGGCAGGUGGCCCAGUGCAACUGUGCGAAGCGUUUCCAGGUGGAACAAAUCAGCGCCACCCGUUUCAGAUUCGGGGAGUCCGAGCAGCUGCGCAUGGUCAGAAUCCUGCGAAGCACCCUGAUGGUGCGGGUUGGGGGAGGCUGGACUGCUCUGGAUGAGUUCCUGGUGAAGAACGACCCCUGCAGAGUCAAGGGAAGGACCAACACGAAGAUCAAUGAAAAAUACCUCUCCCCAGGCCUCCUGGGGCGAAAGGGGGCAGACAGCCAGUCUGCCCCCACCUCCAAGGGGCUGUCCCCCAGCUGCUCCACCUCCAGCCUCAGCCUGUACAGCAGUGCCUCUGUGCCCAGCAGCCCUGUUCCCAGGAAGGCUGCCUUGCGCCGGACACGCUCAGGGGAUCGGUGCCUCCACUCCCGCAGUGCUGGGGUGACUGAGGGGGCCGGCCUGGCCUUUGCCGCUGGAGCAGUCAGCCCUGAUGCUGAGCCCCGAGAUCGCCCCAGCAGCAGUCGGGCCGCAUCCUGAAAGCUGCAGCAUCUUGAACAGCGACUCCUUCCUGGGGGCCUGGAGCAGGCAGCUGAGAGAUCUGGACACCUCCCCACUGGCACCCCAGUCCCUGGGAGGCUAAACAGGCUGCCCCCCUUUCCCCCACAAGCCUCCCUCUCCCGUGCCCCUGCUCCCCACAGCUGUCCUCCGCAGCCCCCUCUGGCAGCACAGCCGACGUUUCCGCUGGAGCAAGACCACCCUUUGGAGGGGGGCCUCUUGGGUGCUCCCACUGGCCAGCUGCCCAGCUAGCCAAGGCCUCAGGGUAGCCCCAGUGUGCCCAGGACACCUUUUGGAACCAGUAGCCUCUUGCCUGGAGCAUCGUUUCGUUGCAGGCAGCAGCAAGGUUGAAUCCUGGUGCCAGCAUACAGCGCAGCACAAGGAGCAAUAAAAACAAGGG